CGGGCCAGGAUGCCGGUGCUGGAGCGCUUCUUCCCCGCGGCAGAGCCGGGCAGGCGGAGGAGGACGGGGGACGAGGCGAUGCCCUUUCCCAUGGGCAGCCUGCCCGGUUAUCAGCAGGGGACCCUGGCCUGGGACUUGCCCGAGAUGAUCAAGAUGGUAAAGCUCGUUUGGAAAUCCAAGGGGGAGCUCCGCGGGGCGAAGCACAGAGGCGUUUUGGAGAGCGAGGAUGCCCUGGGCGGUUCGGCAGGAGAUGCACGGGUGAGAGGUCAGACAGGGGUUGUCUCCGAGCGCCGCGGCUCCUACCCAUUUAUAGACUUCCGUCUUCUUAACAAUACUGCACUCUCAGGGGAAGUCGGCACCAAGAAAAAAGUGAAAAGACUGUUAAGUUUCCAGAGAUAUUUCCAUGCAUCCCGGUUACUGCGUGGAAUUGUACCACAAGCCUCUCUCUACUUACUGGAUGAGGACUACCUUGGGCAAGCAAGGCAUAUGCUAUCCAAAGUGGGAAUGUGGGAUUUUGACAUUUUCUUGUUUGAUCGCUUGACAAAUGGAAACAGUCUGGUAACACUGCUUUGUCACCUCUUCAACGUGCAUGGACUUAUUCACCAUUUCCAGUUAGACAUGGUUACAUUACACAGGUUUUUUGUUAUGGUUCAAGAAGAUUACCAUAGCCAGAACCCAUACCACAAUGCUGUCCAUGCCGCUGAUGUCACACAAGCUAUGCACUGCUAUCUGAGGGAGCCCAAGCUUGCCAACUUCCUCACCCCAUCGGACAUCAUGCUCGGACUGCUUGCUGCUGCAGCUCAUGACGUGGAUCACCCAGGGGUCAACCAACCCUUUCUGAUUAAAACUAAACACCACCUUGCCAGCUUGUACCAGAACGUGUCGGUGCUGGAGAACCACCACUGGCGCUCCACCAUCGGCAUGCUUCGGGAGUCACGGCUGCUCGCCCACCUGCCCAAGGAGGUCACACAGGACAUUGAGCAACAGUUGGGCUCCCUGAUCUUGGCAACAGACAUCAACAGGCAGAAUGAGUUUUUGAUCCGUCUGAAAUCUCAUCUUGACAAUCAGGAUUUGAGGCUGGAGGAUGCACAGGACAGACAUUUUAUGCUUCAGAUUGCACUCAAGUGUGCUGACAUUUGCAAUCCCUGCCGGGUCUGGGAUCUGAGCAAGCAGUGGAGUGAACGGGUCUGCGAAGAGUUUUACCGGCAAGGUGAUCUGGAACAAAAAUUUGAACUGGAAAUAAGCCCCCUUUGUAAUCAGCAAAAGGAUACAGUACCAAGCAUCCAGAUUGGGUUCAUGACAUACAUCGUUGAGCCACUCUUUGAGAGGUGGGCCCAGUUUACAGGCAACACUCCCCUAUCUGAAAACAUGCUAAACCAUCUCAGGAGGAACAAGGCCAAGUGGAGAAGUUUGCUCCACAAGCAACACAGCAGUAGUAGGAGCAACGACCACUCAGGCCAAGUGACUGGCAGCCAGGAACAGACUUUAAAUGAAGAAGAGACUCCUUAGUGGCAGCUUUGCACUUUUCCUUCUAGCACUGCUAUCUCCGUCUUGGUCAUAGCAGCAAAAAAGGUCCCGAGGAGCUGGAGCCUGUUGUCAACACCGUGCAAAGGCAAGAAAUGGCAGAGCUCUAAGGGUCCUCAUGAACAUGCCCAUGGUUCUGCUGGGUUUCUUUCUGAUCUUCAUGUUCCUCUCCCCUCUCUCCAUUCUGCGCAUGCCUGAUGCCAUUAAUCACUCCUGAUCCUGACCUGCCCCAACGCGGAGUCCCAGCCAGCAGCCAGGAAGCCAGGCCAGCUGCCAUGAAGCGGGAGGAUUGCUGAGAGAACAAGGCACUCUUGGUGAUCUUUUCAUUUAUCACAAGUCAUAUUGUGACAUAUGUAUAUAGGCCCAGAGCGCCACACCCUCUCUAGGCUGGCAGCUGGGCUGCACAUGAAACCACCAGCAUCUCCAGCAUCCAGAGGACAUGGACUGAGCAGGACAGUGCUCACAGAGGGCAGAGAGUUGGGUUGUUUUAGUGGUUAAAAACCUUUUUAACUUUUGUAUUCUGUGCACUAAACAACAGAUCUCUAAACCUUGGACUGAAGUUACUCUCCGUAUACACACCUUCAGUGUAACAAGGCUUGUUUUGGUAAUCAUUUUUAUGCCACUUUGGAUAAAAGACGGGCAUCUUCUCAUUGCAAGGAACAGUAUUCCCUCGCAGCCGAAAGGGAAGGUGUAGUACAGUCUAAACCUUUGAAACACAAACAGAUCUAUCUUUUGAGUACUGUUUCAAGUUACCUGUUUAUAUUCAUAUGUGUACAUUUUCUGUAAAUAGAAAGCGCUACUGAUUCCCAUGCCAAAAUACUGGAGUACUGUGGGAUGAUUGCUACCUGUAAAAACAUUGGCACUGUGAACAGAAUACUGUUAGUUUUAAUACAAGAGAAAGCAUUUGUAAAUAUGGUAUAGAGUUUAUUAAUAUACACCAUUGUUUGUGGAUAAAAGCCUUAACUUCUAGCAUCCUUCAUCUUCUGAUAGCUGCCAAAAUCAUACGAUUACAAGAUAAGAUUCUGAACUGCCUUUCCACUAUCCAAGGUGUAUCAAAAGUCAUUAAGGAAUGAAGUCUGGCAGGAUAACUUCUUGAAAACUUCAAACACAUUCCAUAUGGGUCCGUGUUGUUAAUCCAUGGCACCUUGCACAUUCGAUCUAGGCAAAUGUUUCACAGCGCCUGAAGUUUAAAGUUCAAAAAAACCCCCAGACCCCACAGCAACGCCACAUGAUUUGACAGUUCAGCAUGAUUACCAUUUAUUCAAACGUGUGAAUUUUUACUAAAUAGCUUAGUCAUCUACAAAGCACGGCAUUAGUUAUGGAGUUCAGUUGUUUUCUUGAGAGAUGUUGCAGUGUAGCUGAUUUUUUCCCCACAUGCCCUCCUUAGAUAGUCAGCAUCAAAAUGCAUUUGUAUUUGUCUUUUAAUUAAAAGAAUACUUCAACUGACUUUUAGAUUAGUCUCAGUCAAUGAAGGAAAAAAAGGUGUUGUAGUCAGACUACUAAUAAUCCUCUUAGCUAUCAUAGUGGCUGAAGAAUUUUCUAUGAUCUCAUCUUUGUGAAAGAUACUUGGCCUUAACUAUGCCAUAAACAACCUCAGUUCUGAAAGUCUUUAUUAAACUUUCCUGAAGUUUCUACCAUUUCAGUGAGAUUGUAUUCUCAGACACUAACUGCGUUGCACCAAAGGGAUUGUCCCCUGCUCCUCUGCCCCCAGCAAGAAUAACUGCACUCAUGUGAAGUGCAGCGUUGUUGUGAACCCCCCGUACAUCAAAUCUGUACAGCUGCUUUCCAAAAGAACGAGUAGGUGUGGCCAGGUGGUCGCAUUUGGGUAGUCAUGUUGAGAUGUGAAGACAUUGAAGAGGCCAACAAAGAAAGAGCUUUUCAAGUUGGUGUUUGAGAAGCAUGAGAAAGAUGUUUACUCACAGAAGUGCAAGGGAAAAUAUAAUGCAUUUUUCUCAAUUACACGGGAUAUUGACUUGAUGAGAGAAGGUUCAUGCUCAUAAGGUGACUAAUGUGUUUAGAGGAAAAUAAAAAGUAUGAGUUUUAGUGAAGGAUGAUUUACUCCACUAAUUCUUUGUGAAAAAGAGAAAAGAGGCUGAAAGCCAGUGAAGUAAAAAGGGCAGUUUGUGUGCAAUGAGCACACAAAGCGCUCCAGCGAUGUUUUUUCUGCCCCUCCACUGUUAUGUAAGGUACAACCAAUAGAAAACCUCCUUCUUCCUCCCACUAAUCUAAAUGAGAUUCAUAUAAUAGAAGGACCACAGCAAGCAAAGGGCACUCAAGAGAGUUGUAGUAGAAUUAAAUUGUUUCUAACUACAGGACAUAAAUGUCUUCUUAAGCACAUGAGGGUGGUGGGGGUGGAAGCACCACCACUUUGCAGCUUUUUAGGUGUACCUUUCCUUCUGACAGAUGUAGGACAAUUAUUAGGACAUUAUGUGAGCGAUGUAAUGUGCUGCUUAGAAGCACUUAAGUCCAUACAAAAGAAUCUAAUUUCCCAUGUUUUAUCUUUUUAGUAAGAAAUGGAAGCCCUUUGCCAUCUAGCUCAAAGAAUUUUUUGAAAUGUUCUGAAAUUUAGUUAAACUCAGCAUCUAGCAGCAUAAAAAGUUCUCAGAAACACUGUCGAGCUGUUUCUGAAGAGCUUCCAGAAAAUAGGUCCACAGGAAGGCUUAGGUACAAAUCAAAUUUUGUUACAGCCACAUUAAAUCCAAGCCCUUUUCUACAAGUGGAACCUACAGGUUCCAUUACAAGUUUGCUCUUACCAUGUUAAAACUUUCCAACUUUAAAAAGCUCUUCUGAAAAUUAUCAGGCCCUUACAAACUAGUAAGGGCCAAAAUUAUUAUGGGGGAUUUUGGUGCACUGAGCGUACCUGCUAGAUUUCAAUCACCUUGUGUAAUGAAACAGUGCUUGAAAGAGGUUCAGGGUGGCCCCAGCAACACUUAUGUACUUGUGAGCCAAACCCAUUGCACAGGUUUGGGCCUGGGCCAGUUUGCUUCAGGUGCUCCAGACAGAAGAGCUGAGAAAGGGUAGGCUCUGGCAGCAGAUGCCUGGCAGCCCAAUUCCCUGGGGUCUGUAAUGCAAAAUGCAGCCAUCUGAUUUCCCGUAGAAACCCUAACUGGUACAGCCAAUCCCACAGCACCAGUGCUUAGCACAUGCAGUUGUGACACAUGUGUGGUAUGCUCUGGUUUGGAGGGCAUUUCUGCACUGGGGUUUCUCCCCAGUGUGCCAACAGGCUGCUGAUGCACAGAAUAGAAAAGCUAUGCAGAUAACACAGAUUUUGGUGGUGUCAGCCCUAUCAGCCACUUUACAGAAGGCCCUUGUAAAUAAUUUUUCCUUCCCACUGGGCCAGUGUAGGUGAAAGAUUUUGAAGUUUUCAAACUGAGUUAAGGUUUUCAUAUCUAGAAAGAGGAAAAAAGCUGUUAAAAGCAGGAUGUUAAAAUGGUUUUAUGCCCCACAAAUGAGAUUAAAAUCUAGCUCCUCUAAAUGAAGAUUUCAUAUCAUCUAAGAGGCAAAAUUUUGUAUAACUAACAAUAAUAAAUUAUAAUAAGUGAAAGUCUUAGGCUGGUUAAACUAAUGCAUAUGUAUGCAUUGUCAUUAAGUAAAGAUUUUACCUGCCUUCGUGUUUGUGUCAAUGGUUCAGCCACCAGUCAAAUGGGGAAUAAAACAACUAUUGACAACAUGUACCUUUGGAAUACAAGGAACAAAGACAGGAGUAGCUGAGAUUAAGUAGAGCCUAUGGAGGAAAAGAAAAAAAACCACAUGAUCUGCAGUUGUGUCUAACUUAAUCUACAACACAGGUCAAUUAGUUUUGUAUAAACUUGGUUUUCAUGAAGAAAACCAAAACCUCCCCAGCGAUUAAUGAGAAAGCUGUAAAUGAGAGAAGGCUGUUGUUACACUGCAUAGUGAUCUCACCAGCUUUUGUAAUCUGGAGUUUCAAUUUCUGUUAAAGUUUCCAUCAAAUUAGACACAGAAGGCACACUUAGCCCUUCCAAAUGAAUUCUCCUCAGAAAGGAAAAACUCAAGUAGUCACAAUUGUAUUUUCAGGUACCAGACAGUGUACUAGCCAUAAUUUAUUGCCUUAUAUUUUAAGUCACUAAUCUGAGUUGUCCAUAAAGUAUGCCCAUUCCCCUCCUGAUGUCACCAUGAUCCCUGUGGCCCAUAAAAAUCAAUAAUUAAAUUUUAAUUAAAACCCUACAAAUCCAAAAAAAAAGCCAUCCCAAAACACAGAACAAAAACACAAAGCAAGCUUCAUGCCAUGAAUAUGUAUUCAAAUUACUUUGAUUGGUGCAAACUGUUGCUCUUUGUUUCUAUAAUCCAUCCAAUAUUUUAGGUACAUAAACUUUUAAGUGCAGACCAUAAGCUUGACACGGAUGUAAAAUAUAUUCUGCUUAUCUUUGAAUUCAAGAUUGUAUAUGUCAUGUUUAUUGUAAAGCAUUUUAUAUAUACAUAGUCGCAUAUCUUAUACAACUCUAUGGGCCAAACACUGGUCCCCCCAACUUCACUGGGACCAAGAAUCAGCCCCCAUAUGUGCGUAUAUAUGCCAUAUGCAUCAUUCUGAAAGGAAGCACUAGAUUGUGUGAAAAUGCUGUGACUGCUAUGCAGUGAUGCCAAGAGACUUAACUGUAUCUUUUUUAACAUACUGCUGUAAGUAUUCAUCAUGUCGAAGAAUGACAGCUAAUAAAAAGAAAAAGUGAAGUGUUCCAA